UGUGUUAGCUUCACAUUUGGCAGUACCUCUCCAGCUUCAACGAAUUUAUCAAAAUGAAAUUGUUCAUUGUUGCCGCUUUGGUCGCUGUGUGCUCCGCUGGUCGACUCGAACACCUCGAGCGCUCCUAUUUGCCUCCUGACAGCAGCAACAGUGUAGGAUUCGGUGCUAAUGGUCGUUCACAAAACGGCUUCGGUUCCAAUGGACAGGGUAUCCACGGUUUUGGAUCCCAAGGUUCAUCGGGCGACUCCUUCGGCUCUGGUUCUAACGGCGGUUCACACGGCGCCUUCGGUUCGAACGGAGGUUCCGAUGCUGGCUUCCGCUCAAUCGGCAAUGGCUUGGGUUCAUCGAAUGGAAAUGGAUUUGGUGCUGCCACAUCAAACCAGUACUUGCCACCUAAUUAUAGCUCAGCUGGAUCUAAUGGCUUUGCUAGAAGCGGAUCUUCUUCUUUCAGAGCCCCGAACACUCAGUACGGUACCACAUCCUUUGGCAACAACAAUGGAUUCGGCGGACAAGGCGGCUCUCAGUACUCGCAGAACGCGGGUCAGCAUGCGCAGGGCCGUACUCAACCCGGCGCCGGUCUCAGCAACCAGUACCUGGCGCCUGCACGCUCCAACUCCUUCCAGAACAUUCCCCAGCAGAGCUUCGACGAGCAAUCCGGCUACCACUACUAAAGAUCACUACUUUGAAACC